CUGAAGGUGGUUUCCAUUCGAAAGCUGACCAAAAGAUUUCAAUCCUUUCCUCCCGGUCACUGAAGCCGAUAAACAACGACAAAAAUCCUUGCCAAAAAUAUUAUCAAUCACUUCAAUUUAGCCGAUUUCAGUCAAACUCCAUCCGUCUCCCUAAAAAUCCCUAAUUUUCCCUACAAUUUCUUCGUUUAUGGAGAAAUUCGACGCUUCUUUACCAAUACUGGUUGAUUCUGUUCUGUAAUCGGGUUGACUGUUCUUUCAGGAAUUUUGUCAUUGAAUAGCUGGACGGACCUCUAUUUAGAGACAAUGGGCAGUACAUUUAAUCCACAAAUUUUGGUGGAGAAGCUGGCCAAGCUCAAUAAUUCACAGCAAAGCAUUGAGACUCUGUCGCACUGGUGUAUUUUUCAUAUGAACAAGGCUAAGCAAGUUGUAGAAACAUGGGCUAGACAAUUCCAUUCUUCCCCGCGUGAUCAACGCCUGGCUUUUCUCUAUCUUGCAAAUGAUAUUCUGCAGAAUAGUAGGCGCAAGGGUUCAGAGUUUGUUGGUGAAUUCUGGAAGGUUCUUCCAGAUGCACUCCGUGAUGUGAUUGACAAUGGGGAUGAAUUUGGAAGAAAUUCAGCAUUACGCCUGGUCAACAUUUUGGAUGAAAGAAAGGUUUUUGGUUCUCGAGGGCAGGUUCUUAAGGAAGAGCUAGUCGGAAGGCACCUGGAAACCAGUAAUAAAAACGGGAAGCAUUCAGGGCUAAAAUUGAAACGACCUGCUGGAGAUGCAUUGGACAAGAUAGUUUCUGGGUAUCAAGUUAUAUAUGCCGGUCAAGUAAAUGAAGAUGCCGUUAUGAGCAAAUGCAGGAAUGCCAUCAGCUGUGUUGAAAAAGUGGACAAGGAAAUUGGUGGGGAUAUUAGAUCUGCAAAAGUAAAUGGGCCAGGUGUUGCCGAUGAACUGAAGGGCCAGCAUGCUACAUUGCGGGAUUGCAUUGAGCAACUUACAACAGUUGAAUCAUCAAGAACAAAUCUCGUGUCUUGUCUGAGGGAGGCUCUUCAAGAACAGGAAAUGAAACUGGGCCAAGUCCGUAGUCAACUUCAGGCUGCACAUACUCAAUCAGAAAAGGCCGAUAAUUUCUGCAGGCAAUUAAUUAAGAAUCCUAAUGGCAUCCAAUCGCCAUCUGAACAGGGUCGGAAGGAAACUCACCCAUCCAAAGUGCAAAGUUACGUUCCAGGCACUGGAGAACAGUCUGCUCCCGUGAUGUACACACGACAGAUACCUUUCGGUGAGCAAUCUGAGGAGGAUACUAAAUCCGCUGCAGCUGCAGUGGCGGCAAAGCUCACGGCAUCGACAUCCUCGGCGGAGAUGCUGACAUACGUCCUCUCAUCCUUGGCGUCAGAGGGCGUAAUUGGCAAUUCACGGAAAGAGUCGCCCUCAAAUGAUUAUCCCUUGCAGAAAAGAACCAAGAUCAAUAACGACCAGCCUCCGCCUUAUAUACCAUCAUCUCAGAAUGCUCAACCACCGGUGCCGCCUUUCCCCCACCCAGAUUCUUUACAGCAUGGUAAUAAUAGCCGUGGUGGUGGCAUAUUGAAAGAGCCGUCUCAUGACCAACCACCACCUCCACCUCCGCCAUCAUCUCCGCCUCCUCUGCCACCAAUGCCACCUAUGCAGCCAUAUCCAGUCCCUCCAUUCAUGCAGUCUGCUGGGACGGUACCAUAUGGCCAUAAUACAAAUCAACCACCACCGCCACCACCUAUGCCUCUACCCGGAUUUCCCUCCGUGGGGCCGCCAGUCAACGGUGUUUCAUCAUACACACCGGCACUUCCACCGGACGGUUACCAGAAUUAUCAAAUAGAAGGUGGUUUCUAUAGCCAACAAUCAGCCAUGCCAAUGGCACCUAUGUCUAGGCAGUAAAACCAGCAAGUUUGUAGAAGUAAUUGGAGAUUCUUGCACAUUAUUUAGAUGUGGUAGAAGUGUUAUACAAGUAAAGUAGACGAGAGUUUAAAUUAUUCUAAUGGGUAGUUAAAUUAUAUGAGGAAUAUUUGAGUGUUGUUUGUGUAUGGAGUUGCUGUUUGCAAUGUGGUGGUAUCAAACAGGAAUUACCAACACCAUGAGGCUAAAAUUUGGCAGAGGGAUGUUGGUAUGGUUAUGAAACCAGAGGUUUAACAAACUGUUUGGUUGGUUUUCUAUUAAGUCGUGUAUGGAGAAAGUUGUCUGGGUGGAUUAAUUCGUCUUUAUAGAUUGAGAAUGUUUUUAGUUG